GACCGGAGAGAGAAAGAGAAACAUAAACAGAGCGCGAAGCGAAGAAGAAGAAGAAAGAGGAGAGAGAAAGAGAAUUCUCAGGCGAAAAUAGGGUUUCCACUUUCAAACUCUUAUCUACGAAACGUUUCUCGAUCUGCGCAUUCAAGGAUAAUUCUUCUGUUCGUUGCAAUUUGAUCUGUUAAAAAAUCUGGUUUUUGGCGAAGGACGAUUGGUGGAAAGGGAAGAUAUUGCAGUAUGAGCAUCAAUAGCCCCGGGAAAGGGAAGAAUUAGGUUCGUGAAAACAUAAGCGGAAAGCUUUGGAGUUCCAUGGGUGAUGGAGGUGUUGCAUGCGUGCCUUUGCAGCCAAUUAUGGAGAAGUUUCCGGGUUCUGAGAAAUUUUGCGGUGGUGGUAGUGGCAGUGGCGGUAGCAACAACAGCAAUGGAAAAUUGGAGACUAAGGCAGUUAAGAGGACUACUACUAAGAGGAUGAAGUUGAAGAGAGAUGCAUUUUUUAAGAAGGAAGAGCCGGGGAAGGCGGAAUUGAGUUUAGAGCAAGUGAAGAGUAGCGGGGAAGUUGAAAAUGGGGAAGUUGGGGGUGACAAAGUGCAGAAAGAAGAGGUUGAAGAAGGUGAGUUGGGAACGUUGAAAUCGCCAAAAAGAGAGGUGGAGAAUGGCGAAUUGACGCCUGAUAUAUCGCACAAGACAGAGACUGAAAAAGGUGAGAUUCUUACUGACAGGUGGAGGAAAGAUGAAGUUGAGAGAGGGGAGUUUUCUCCGGGGAGAUGGAGAAAAGGGGAACCAGAGAGGUAUGAUUUCAGCUCAGGUAGAUUCCGGAAUGAUGGUGUUCAGAGAAGGGAUCGAACGCCGGAGAAGUACAGGAAAGGAGAAUACGAGAAGGCGGAAUUCAGUUCUUGGAGAGCGUCGAAAGAUGAAGUUGAGAAAGGAGAAUUCAUUCCAGAAAGGUGGCAUAAAGGAGAUGCUUUCAGGGAAGAGUAUGGAUACUCGAAAGGGCGUAGGCAUGAUUCAAGUAGAGAGAGAGAACGAAGGUAUGAACACGAAUGGACCCCGGCUACUCUGCGAUAUUCAGGUGAGGAUAUCUCUCCGGUUAGAGAUUUUAGUAGAAGUGGGAAUCAUCGUCAUACCAAGAGAAAUGCAAGGUGGGAAGUCAACCAAGAAAGGAGCUAUCCGAAAUUGAACUCAAAAAUGAUUGAUGAUGUGGCUUAUAAGAACGAGUACAUCCAUGGCAGGGGUCAAGGAAGAGAACACUCAUCUAGUGGUCGGUUGAAACGGCAUGUCACUGACUCAGAAAGCAGCGACCUCAAAACCUAUGAUGAUCAUGGGGAUUAUGCGAGUUCAAAAAGCCGAAGGUUAUCAAAUCCUGAGCAUUACUCACGUCAGCCUGCUGAUAAAUCAUUUCGAAAUUCAAAUUCAUCAAGGGCUGUUUCUGAUAGGCUUUCAUUGCGUCAUUAUGAUACUGCAUCUUCAAGAGCAGCUUAUGACAGGCAGAGACGCAGUCCUAGUUAUUCUGAGAGGUCUCCUCAUGAGAGAGGCCGGCAUCAUGAUCAUAGGGAUCGAACUCCUGUUCGUCAUGAGAGGUCUCCAUGUUAUCGCGGUCAUCGCCAUGACAAUAGAAAUCGAAGCCCCAGCUAUGUUGAAAAGUCUCCCAAUGACCGGGUUAGGGUACAUGAUCGUCAGGAAAGGUCUUCAAGUUUUUCUGGGUCCCCACCCGAUCGCAGUAGGCCGUAUAAUCACCGUCAAACGAGCAGGAAUGAAGUCAGUAAUAAGCAGAAUGAUAGGAUACAUAACUUAAAGCCUACUGAGAAAAUUCGUAAUGAUAAAGAUGUGUUAGUCUCUACUAAAGACCCUGUAAACGUAAAUGAUAUGCAGAAUGGAGCUGUUGACAAAAGCAUUUCUCAUGAGAUUCAUGUGAAAGAUGAGUUUCAAGGUCCUUGCUUGAAUGACAAGGAACAACCUUCAUUGGUUAAUGGGAUUGUUGAAGAAUUGCCAUCAAUGGAAGAAGACAUGGAUAUUUGCGACACACCACCGCAUGUCCCAUUUGUUGCUAAUGUGAACCCAGGGAAGUGGUACUACCUUGAUCACCUCGGGGAGGAGCGCGGUCCUUCUAGAUUGUGUGACUUAAAAACACUUAUAGCAGGGGGAAUACUUAUGUCAGACCACCUGGUUAAGCACUGUGACAGUGACAGGUGGGUGACUGUUGAAAAUGCGGCUUCACCAGUCGCCACUCCUAAUUUUACAACCAUUUUUUCAGAGACAGUUACGCAACAGGUGAGCCCCCCAGAAGCUCCUGGAAAUUUGCUGGCAGAUGCUGGAGAUGUUGAGCAUUCUGUGGAUCAGGUUGGUGUGGAUGGUCCUUGUGUGACUGGUCAAGAUGACCAUCUUCCUUCGGACGAUCUUGGUAUUGAUGAAAGAGUUGGGGCUCUCUUAGAUGGAUUUACUGUUUUACCCGGAAAGGAACUCGAGAUAGUUGGAGAAGUUCUACAAAUGACAUUUGAUCAGUCAGAGUGGGAGAGAUUUGGUAUCUUGGAAGGUUUUAUGCAAGAUUAUUCAUGCUGUCAAGAGCCUUUUGAACAGAGUCAAGAAGAGGAUAUUCCAAGAUAUCCGGAGACUACGUCAAAGGACGCUGCUGAAUCGACUUCUACUGCUAGCCUUGAUAAGGAAUGUUCUUAUCUCUUGAGUGAAUUCACUGAAUGGUUCUCUGGCCGGUGGUCGUGUAAAGGUGGGGACUGGCAAAGGAGUGAAGAAGCUGUACAAGACAAAUAUUUCAGGAAAAAAGUAGUGCUUAAUGAUGGUUUCCCUCUUUGUCAGAUGCUAAAAUCUGGUUAUGAGGACCCCCGAUGGCAGAGAAAAGAUGACUUGUACUAUCCUUGUCAAAGCAGGAAGCUUGAUCUUCCACCCUGGGCAUUUUCUUGGCCUGACGAGAGGGCUGAUUCUAGUGUUGUCAAUAAGCCGGGUCAGCCAAAACCUGUUGUCAUAAGAGGGGUCAAAGGAAGUAUGAUGCCGGUGAUUAGAAUCAAUGCAUGUGUUGUUAAAGAUCAUGGUUCAUUUGCCUCCGACUCUCGGUUGAAACCAAGGGGAAAAGACAAGUACUCUUCAAAGGGAACUAAGCAUUACUCUUUGUCCACUGAUGUGAAACGAUUGUCUGAAGAAGAUGCUUCUCAUUCCAGAAGCUUCAAGGAGAAAAACUCUGGAAAAUCUUGGGAAUCUAGUAUUACUGAUAAACCGAAAGACCGUAUUUGCACAGCUACUGACUUACAGCUGCACUUAGGUGACUGGUAUUACCUUGAUGGCACCGGGCAUGAACACGGGCCUCUUUCAUGCUCAAUACUGCUUAAGAUGGUGGAGGAAGGAUUUUUGAAGAAGCAAAGCAGUGUGUUUCGAAAAAUUGACAAAGUUUGGGUUCCAGUUACAUCUGUAAUCAAGGCCUCUGAGAAUGUUAGCAAACUCGUUGGGGAUAAUAUUGUACCUGUUGGUGAAUCUUCUGAAGCACCUGCUGUACAGGAUGGUAGCUUCUCGCUUUCCUAUGCAUUCCAUAGCUUGCAUCCCCACUUCAUUGGUUAUACACUAGGGAAGCUUCAUGAACUAGUUAUGAAGUCCUUCAGAAGUCGCGAGUUUCCUGCUGCUAUAAAUGAGGUCUUAGAUCCAUGGAUCAGUUUAAGGCAGCCAAGGAAAGAAAUUGAGAAGCAUAGAGGCUCUCUUUAUCUUCCGAAAUCACCCAUGGAGAAUGAAGUAUCUAUGCUUUUUGAGGAAGACACACAUGGUAAAAAAAGAUGCCGGACACUAAUUGAAGGAGUUGAUGAAGAUUAUGAAGCGGGCAAAGGCUUACCACCUCUCUUUUACAGGGAGCCCUCAUUUGAGAACUUAUGUGGCAAUCUUACUUUUUGCAGAGAAGAGAGUGUGUGUUCUGAAAGUGCAGGGGGGAGCUGGGGUCUUCUGGAUGGUCAUAUUUUGGCACGCAUCUUUCAUUUUCUUAGAACUGAUGUCAAAUCCCUAAUGUUUGCUGGUACAACUUGCAAGCACUGGAGAGCUGCUGUUGGUUUUUACAGAAAUGUGAGUGUAAGGGUUGAUUUGUCAACUAUGGGCUCCCACUGCACUGACUCCAUCGUUGGGAGUGUCAUGAGUGGGUAUAAUAAGCAAAUGAUUAGAAUGUUGGUUUUAGAUGGUUGUACCAAUGUUACUUCCGCUGUGCUUGAGGAAAUUCUUCAGUCCUUUUUGUGUAUAUCUUCUGUCGACAUAAGAGGUUGUAGCCAGUUUCAGGAGUUAAUAAUCAAAUUCCCCCAUGUAAAUUGGGUUGGAGGGAGAAGUUCUCAAAGCAUGAGAAUUGUUGAGGAGUCGAGUUUGAAGAUAAGGAGCUUGAAACAGAUGCCAGAGCAAUCUUCAUCGAUUUCUAAAUUGGGUUGCGGGAGUUAUAUGGAUGAGUCAAGUGGGCUAAAAGAUUAUUUUGAUAUGGUGGAAAAAAGAGGUGCAGCUAAUCAGGAAUUCAGGCAGAAUCUAUAUAAGCGUACAAAACUACUUGAUGCUCGGAAGUCUGCAUCAGUCCUAGCCCGUGAUGCCCGUAUGAGGCAUUUGGCGAUGAAGAAAGCUGGAAAUGGGUACAGAAGAAUGGAGGAAUUUCUUGUGCUUAGCUUAAAGGAUAUAAUGCAGGGGAACACAUCUGACUAUCUUGAGCAAAAGGUUGCAGAAAUUGAGAACAAAAUUCAGAGUGGAUAUUAUGCUCGCCGUGGCAUGACCUCUGCUAAACAAGAUAUCAUUAAAAUGUGCAGGGAGGCAGUAAGAAUGAAAAAGCGAGGUGAUGGAGGGGAUAUGGAGAAUGUGAUUCCGCUGUUCAUUAAACUUGGAACUCGUCUUGAUGAGGGAGAUAUUGAUAGAGAUGAGAUGUUGAAGAAACAAAGAGAUGAAACCAGUGCUCCCUCUGGGUACAGAAAGGCUAAAUCACUCACAGAGAGAAAAUACAUGAGCCGGGCCAAUGGUACAUCUUCUAUUAAUGGGGGUUUUGAUUAUUUGGAGUGUUCGUCUGACCGGGAGAUGAGAAAGAACCUAUCGAGGGCGAAUAAGAAAACAGACUUGGAAGAUGAAUCAUCUGACGAGUUUGUGUCAUCUUCAGAUGAUGAUGGAAGUAAUACGGGAAGCGCCUCAGACACUGAAAGUGAUUCCGAAGUCCGGCCAGGUGUUACUUUUGAGGCGAAAGAGCAAUACUUUAAUGCAGAUGAGGCUUUUGAUAUGAACCCUGAGGACCGAGAAUGGGGUGCUCGUAUGACCAAGGCCAGUCUCGUGCCUCCGGUGACACGCAAAUAUGAAGUCAUUGACCAAUAUGUUAUUGUAGCUGAUGAGGUCGAAGUACAACGAAAGAUGCAGGUUUCAUUGCCUGAAGAUUACGAGGAUAAAGUCAAAGCUCAGAAAAAUGGUUCUGAGGAGGUGGAUAUGGAGAUUCCUGAAGUUAAACAAUUUAAACCACGGAAACAGCUUGGACAAGAGGUCAUAGAACAGGAGGUGUAUGGCAUUGAUCCUUAUACACACAAUCUUCUUCUUGAUUCGAUGUCCGAGAAUGUGGAUUGGACUCUGACUGAAAAGCAUGUUUUUAUUGAAGAGACGAUCCUUAGGGUACUGAAUAAACAAGUUAGAAACUACACAGGCAGUGGAAAUACGCCCAUGACUUAUCCUUUGAGACCUGUUGUGGAGGAAAUUCUACGAAUAGCUAAGCAAGAUAAUAAUAUUAGAACAUUAAAACUGUGUGAGGCUCUUCUCCAAGCCGUUGACGGUCGCCCUGAUGAUAAUUAUGUUGCUUAUAGAAAGGGGCUUGGUGUCGUAUGUGACAAACAAGGUGGUUUCACCGAAGAUGAUUUUGUUGUCGAAUUCUUGGGAGAGGUUUAUCCUGCUUGGAAAUGGUUUGAGAAGCAAGAUGGAAUCCGUUCGCUGCAGAAGAAUAGUAAAGAACCUGCUCCUGAAUUUUACAAUAUAUAUCUCGAGAGGCCCAAGGGUGAUGCUGAUGGCUAUGAUUUAGUGGUUGUCGAUGCAAUGCAUAAGGCAAAUUAUGCAAGUCGUAUUUGUCAUUCGUGUCGACCUAAUUGUGAAGCGAAAGUUACUGCUGUAAGUGGUCAGUAUCAGAUUGGAAUCUACUCUGUUCGUCCAAUUGGAUUUGGGGAAGAAAUCACUUUUGACUAUAAUUCGGUUACUGAGAGUAAGGAGGAAUAUGAAGCCUCUGUUUGUUUGUGUGGUAAUCAAGUCUGCCGUGGAAGCUAUUUGAAUCUAACAGGCGAAGGCGCUUAUCAGAAGGUGCUGAAGGAGUGGCAUGGACUAUUGGAUAAACACCGUUUGCUACUGGAGGCAUGCGAAUUGAAUUGGGUUUCUGAGGAGGAUUAUAUUGAUUUAGGAAAGGCUGGUCUAGGAAGUUGUUUGUUGGGUGGUUUGCCAGAAUGGCUAAUUGCAUAUUCAGCUCGGCUGGUACGUUUCAUAAAUUUUGAGAGAACAAAGCUGCCUGCGGAGAUUUUGAGACAUAAUUUGGAAGAGAAGAAGAAAUAUUGUCAAGAAAUAUCUCUUGAGAUGGAGAAGAGUGAUGCUGAAAUUCAGGCAGAAGGAGUCUACAACCAGAGACUUCAGAAUUUGGCUCUUACACUGGACAAGGUUAGGUAUGUCCUAAGAUGUGUAUUUGGAAACCCAAAGGAAGCUCCUCCUCCUCUGCAGAAACUUAGUCCUGGAGAGAUGGUGUCUGUCUUGUGGAAUGGCGAAGGUUCUCUUGUUGAUCAACUUCUUGAGUGCAUUGCUCCACAUAUUAUUGAUGAUCGCAUACUACAGGACCUUAAAUCCAAGAUCCGUGCUCAUAGUCCAUCAAAUUCUGGGAAUAAUGAGAAAGACCUAAGGAAAUCUUUACUAUGGUUGAGGGAUGAGGUUCGCAAUCUUCCUUGUACAUACAAGAGUCGCCAUGAUGCUGCUGCUGAUUUGAUCCACAUAUAUGCUUACACAAAGUGUUUCUAUAAAAUUAGGGAAUACAAGUCUGUAACUUCGCCUCCUGUUUAUAUAAGCCCUCUUGACCUUGGACCCAAGUGUGCUGAUAAACUCUCAGGAGUUACAGAGUACUGCAAGACUUACGGUGAAAACUACUGUUUAGGACAGCUGAUUUAUUGGCACAAUCAGGCAAAUGCUGACCCAGAUCGUGCAUUAGUGCGAGCAAGCAGGGGCUGCUUGUCACUGCCAGAUAUUGGUUCCUUUUAUGCCAAGGCUCAAAAGCCAUCAAGGCAGCGUAUUUAUGGACCAAGAACUGUAAGGUUUAUGCUUCGUCGAAUGGAAAAGCAGCCCCAGAAGUCGUGGCCUUUGGAUAGGAUAUGGUCAUUCGAGAGUUCCUCAAAAUUUUUUGGUAGUCCUAUGUUAGAUGCUGUAUUGAAUAAUUCUCCUUUGGAGCGGGAAAUGGCGAUUUGGUUGAAGAAUAGACCUGCCAUAUUCCAGGCCAUGUGGGAUCGAUGACCAGUUGACUGCUAAUUUAGCUCUCAUUUUACAUAAAAAGGGGUCCAAUUAUUAGUUCGGUCCUAUAAGCGAUCUUAGUCGUUGCCUGCCUUACAUCUUCAUUCUUGUGUACAGUCUUUAUUUCUGCUUGUGACUUGCUUGUGUAAUUUUUUAGUCACACUAGGUCAUAGAAAAUUUUCCCUCUUGCUCUGUGUUCUUAGCUUAGCUUAGUUUGAUUUAAACGCAUAGUUUUAGUCAAUAGAAAAUUAAAGUAGUUUGCAAAUACCAAGUAUAAUAUAGCAGUUCAUCUUCCCAUA